AUGUCUGAGGUCCACAUACUGGAACAUUUUCAGGCUGUUGCUUGUUUAGAGCGACAGAAGAAGGCAAAAUCCCACCAGAACUCUAAAAUGUCUAAUAAGACAUUCAGCAUGUCCUCUGACCAAACUGAGAGCACAGUUGCUUUGCCCCACAGAGUCCUGCAGCUGGGCCUCUCUCCUGAGAGUCAUUACAGCAACUCAUCCAUGUCUCCGUCACCUGACUCCAGUAGUAGUAUUUCCAACCUGAGUGACAGAGAAGCCAGCAGCUCCCCUGACAUCAACAUGCUGGACUGCUGCCUUAGUCUAGGUUCUCCUGUGGAUAACUCCUACAACACCACCUUAUCACAGGGUGAUGCGUUUGGUGGAGUAAGCACAAACUUGAACCAAACUUUUAUUGCCACACCUGUUAAUGCCAGUGGGAAUUUCUGGAAUAAAAACUUGAGUCUGGGCAACCAAGACAGAGAGAAGUACCAGACUUUUAUUAAGAACGCAGAGGAUGGAAAUAACAGUGCAGUGACGUCUCCAGACUCUGCUGGGAGGGAAAGCCACCUGAGUUCAUGUGAGACCUCUCGUAGAGGUUCCACUGAGAAUGACUGCUGCUCCCUGAGCUCUGGGGAAAUGGUAAUAAGAAGCAACAGUUUUUGUCUGGAAGACCAGUCACUCUUGGUAGUCUCUUCCCUGGAUGAGUCAUCAAUCUCUCCAGCUGCAGGCCAUCCAGCAUUACCUGCUGAAUCUAACCUGCUGUCAACCACUCUGCCACAUGUCUGCGAAAAAUCUACAGAAAGAGUAGUAGAGGAAAACCUAGACCCUCCAUGUCUUGGUAUGACUUUCACUCAGGCGGACAACUGGGAGCUCCCUAACGAGGACAAUGAUAUGGAAACAUGCAACUCUCUUGUAGCUUUGCCAAGUGAGAAUGAAGGAGGUCUUUUGAUGACCUUUGUCUGUGAAACAUCUCUUGCAGAUAGUGGAAAGAAGACUGAAUCUGCUACUGUUGAACCAGAGCUGUUGGCUCAGUUCCCUGGAGCAGUUACACCAGAACAGGGGAAGACUUUUGUGUCCAGUCUGUCAGCUAUGCAACAAGACACAGACAAGGAUAUUCAUACUUCCACUCCAGUACAAAAUAUUGGGAACAAGAUACCCAGCCUCCCCUCCUUUUCAGAGUCUCCCUGCAAUGGAAAUGCAGGGCAGCCCUGGACUCCAUGCUGUUAAACGGCAGCCAGUCGCUGUGACUCCAAAACAACGUUUAGUUACAGGACUGCCGCCUUCAGCCAGACAAGUCAAGAAAAUGGAAAUUAAGAAGUUUCCUAAGUCAGACUUGAGUAACGUAAAAUCUAAAGUUGU